AUGAGGAGUUUCAGAGCUUGUCCGGAUGCCCCUGUGGGAGGCGCUCGAUCCCGGGAGGGAAUUCACUUCACAGCGAAGUGCAAGUGUACCGGCGAGGAGUCCGUGCUCUCUGAGGAAUGUGGGGAGCAAGCGGGAGAACGGAAAUUCGAUGUUACUCGCCUGCCCGUCGAGGAUGAUGGAUACGGGAGGACCGCGAUCGUAGCGAACUGCCGCUGCAUGGUCAUGGACAUGAGCGAGCGAGGUGCCAGGCCUGGCGUAUCAAAAGCAAGGGAGUUGGCAGCAGGAAAAUCGAGAUCCGCCCGAACAGUGAUCAAGGAGGAUUGCAAUCCAUUUGGUGCUUCCUACCUCCGCCGCUGGCAGGCCUGCAAGUGCAAAAAGGAGCAGUACUUGUCCUUCAAUUGUGGAAAGAGGGCCGCCCUGAGCAAGUUCAGCCCCAACGACCCCGAGGUGAAGGGUAGCGGGUGCCGAUGCGUCUCCGAGUCGGAGUUGCUCAGGAACAAGAGCUUCGCAGGCGACGUGAUUGACGCCGCUCCGCCGAUCAGCAAAGUUUCAGAGCCGAUGGAAGACGGGCCACUGUCGCAGACACCCAAAUGCAAGGUGGAUCCACCGUUUGGCUUCGCUUUUGGCGACAUCGUGAGCAUCGAGAAGUUGAUCCCAGCCGGCCAUCUCUUCGAAGUCCUGGGCGUAGGCUUCUUCCCGCAGUCCAAGCCUGCCAAAAUCGCUGGGACAGUCGCGCAGGUUGUCUGUUCUGCGGGGACGUCGGGGACGAAGGACCGCGUGUGUCUCCGGAAAGGAAACAUGGGCAUGAAGUCUCUGGGCUGCUGGUCCCCUGCGAACCUGAUGAAGUUGGACGAAGACUUGAAUCCGCUUUACUGA